CCAGAGAUGGACCUUGUGAGACUUACCCGGCUCUUCAGCCCCCGCCCCAUGGGACUGUCCAUCCUCCAACACCUCUGCCCACCCAGAGCUGGUUGGGCAGGAGGCAGAGAGGAGCCCACAAGGCUGCGGACUACAAGCCUUACUCAGCCAGCUCCAGCAACCUUCAGCAGUUUCUUUUCUCAGCUGGCCCCUGGCCAGGGGACCCAGAAGGACACGGGUAGCCUUGACUCUGACCGGAGCCAGCUCAGCUCGACAGCAGAGGCCAUGCUGGAUGAGGAUGAGGAGGAGAGCUUUGGGACCCUCUCCAAUAAAUACUCUUCCCGGAGGAUGUUCCGGAAAUCGACGGCCCAGUUGUAUAACCUACGACUCAGGGAACAGACCGUGGAGGAAGAUGAGGAAAUGGAAUUGGAGCCCAAAUCAUGGCAGGGCCCAAGAAACACCCCUUAUUGGUACUUCUUUCAGUGCAAACGCCUGAUCAAGGAGGGGAAGCUGGCAGAGGCCCUGGACCUCUUUGAGAGGCAGAUGCUCAAGGAAGAACGACUGCGGCCACUGGAGUGCAACUACACGGUGCUGAUCGGGGGCUGCGGGCGGGCGGGCUACCUGAAGAAGGCCUUCCGGCUCUACAAUGACAUGAAGAAGCGGGACCUGGAGCCGUCAGAUGCCACGUACACAGCCCUGUUCAACGUGUGUGCCCAGUCACCCUGGAAAGGCUCUGCUCUGCAGAGUGCCCUGAAACUCCGGCAGCAGCUCCGGGCCAGAAACUUCCAGCUCAACCUCAAGACAUACCAUGCCCUGCUGAAGACAGCUGCCCUGUGCGCAGACCUCAGGAUGUGCCUGGAUGUGUUGAAGGAAAUCGUCCAUAAAGGUCAUGCGGUCACAGAGGAGACCUUCAACUUCCUGCUCAUGGGCUGCAUCCAGGACAAGAAGACUGGCUUCCGACUUGCCCUGCAGGUGUGGCGGCAGAUGCUGAGUAUGGGGCUCAAGCCGAGCCUGCACGGCUACAACCUGCUGCUGGCGGCUGCUCGGGACUGCGGCCUAGGGGACCCGGCGGUGGCCACAGAGCUGCUCCUGAGGCCUGUGGAGGAGGUGGCCCUGCUCCAGCCCCCAGCAGGUAGGCGGCGGGCAAGGACGGCCCAGGCCGGGGCAGCUGGCAGCGUGUCGGCCAGGCUGCACGUGGAGGCCCUGGAGAAGCAGCUGUUGUUGGAAACUCCUCAGUCACCAGAGGGCCCUCCAGAACCUCAGGGGGCCAGAGCCCCGGGCAAGGCCCAGUGUAAGGCGGACACCACCGAGAAACCUGACCACCCUGUGACCCUCAGCCCUGUGGCCCUGCAGCCCCUUCCCUCAGGGCUGGAGGUCAACCUCCUGACCCUCGGGGCAGUGCCCCCGGCUCUGGUCUCCCUUGGGACAGUGGCCACCCCGGCGGACAGGCUGGCCCUCAUGGGGGGCAUGGAGGGCUUCCUGGGCAAGAUGGCAGGGCACGAGCUUCAACCCGACAUCAAGACCUUCACGCUGCUGGCCGAGGUGGUGGCGCCUGGCAGCCCCGCGGAGUCCUCGCUGUUGGUCACCCUGGACGCGCACUAUGUGGAGGCGGAUGUGACGUUCUUCAACACACUGAUGAGGAAGAAGAGCAAGCUGGGUGACCUGGAGGGGGCGAAGGCACUGUUGCCAGUCCUGGCAAAGAGGGGACUCGUCCCCAACCUGCAGACGUUCUGCAACCUGGCCAUUGGGUGCCGCAGGCCUGGUGACGGCCUGCAGCUGCUCGCUGACAUGCGGAAGUCCCAGAUGGCGCCCAACACCCACAUCUACAGUGCCCUCAUCAACGCUGCCCUCAAGAGGCUGGACUAUGCCUACCUCAUCGACAUCCUGAAGGACAUGCGGCAGAACAACGUCUCCGUGAAUGAGGUGGUCAUCCGUCAGCUCGAGUUCGCGGCUGAGUACCCACCCACCUUCGACCGGUACAAAGGGAGGAACACCUACCUGGAGAAGAUUGACGGCUUCCGUGCUUACUACAAGCAGUGGCUCAAAGUGAUGCCGGCUGAGGAAAGCCCUCACCCCUGGCAGAAGUUCAGGACCAAGCCUGGGGGGACCAGCACUCUGUGA